AUGGAGAGCCCAAUGCGAGUCAUCAUCUCUGCCUGCGUCACUGAUAUCGGUGGGAAUCCACAACGACGCCAUAAUACCUUGGGGAGUGCGUUCUGCGAGGAAGUCUUGCACCGAGAAUUCCGUGCGUCGCUCCAACCUACCGGAUACGACCAUGUCCAUAUCCCCGCGGAUUUUGACUCCGUCAAGCCGGUAAAACGCUGGUUUAUCUUUGACCUGAACGUACGUGGAGAACUUGAAGCGGACGAAGUUGCGCGGGUCCCCCAUUCCGUCUAUCUGGGUAGCCGCCAGGGAGACAAAUGGAUGUUCAUUCCACGUCCCCAAUGGAUAGAAUCGGCCAAACUCCGAGCCAACUCAUAUACAUGGGGCGGACGACUGGAGCAAAAGCUAGUGGCUGGAAUGAAGACUUCAUUGCUACGAGGGUGA